AAAGGGAAGAUGGGCCACACGGGAGGUCGUCGGUCAUUCUGGGGGUCAUACCGUGGAUGCUUCACGGAAUUCUCAGAGAAAACCUUUGUACAUGGGUGCCAGCAUACGGUGGAAAAGGGACGUUCUAACGUGGAGAGAAUGCUGUGGACAUUGCUCAUCAUGACUGCAAUUGUUGCAACAAUCUGGCUCCUUGCCAGCUCCUAUGUUACCUUCCUGAAAGCCCCAACGGCUACAGGAAGGUCAGUCUAUCGUGUCCCCAUAAGUACAAUUCCUUUCCCAGCCGUGGCUUUGUGCAGUGGAACGCGCAUUAGUCGAGAGGCUCUUACAAACUACAGGGAUUACAUUUUUUCAAAGCAGAAUCAAACAACAGUGAAGAUUUCAGAGACUCGUGAAGGUGUUUACGAGCAUCUUCUGCAAUUGGGAUCUUUCUAUACGCUCAAUGUAGAUCAGGAUGACUUUUACCUCUACAAUCGUCUUCACAGCUUUUUCAUUGAAUUCUACGGCAACCCCUAUCCUCUAGGAGAAAUAAUUGCCAAUUUAACUCCUCCUUGUGAUGACUUCCUCAAAGAAUGCUACUGGAACGGUGUAAAGAUGGACUGUUCGACAAUCUUCAAUACAAACUGGACAGACUACGGCCCAUGCUGUACGUUUAACUACCAGAGACUAACUGGCGUGGAAAUGGAAAGGAUCUCUAAGCAAGGAUUAGAUAUUCCUAGCCCCAAACCGCUCUACGUUAAAGAAUCCGAAUUCAAGGAAGGCCUGACCGUAAUAAUUGAGCAAAAUUCAUCAGAUCAAAACUACAACGUUCACUCAUCAAUGGCAUCAAGAGUCCUUAUUUUUAAUCCUCAGGAUUAUCCUGAUAUGGGCAGUAAUGCCUACAUUGAGAGACAAAUUCAACUUUCAGGAGAAGUCUUCAUUGAACUCUUCCCAGAAUCUUUCAAGGGAAGUCAAACGAUGCGGCAUGUUUCAGCUAAGGCACGAGGAUGUUACUUUUGGGAUGAAAACACAUUAAUUUACAAAGGGUGAGCUUUUUGAGAAAAUUCUCCCGAAAGAAGCUUUUUAAUCUAGCUUCCUUUUUAUUUUUGCAG